UGAUAAGCCGUACGAAAUGAUAUUUUUCCUGUCAUUGUUGCAGUUUGAUAAGUAGGAUUUCUCCUACGUGCCAAACAAAAUCGUAUAUAAAUAUGUGGCGAUUUUCAGCUGCAAUUUACGGCAAUCAUCGAGCAGAAGACAACAUUCAUAAUCUUGAAAUUUUGUUUUAGGUUGAAGACUUGUAACAUACAAUUCAAGAUGAGGAAAUUCUCGUUUUGUUUCUUGUUCGUUGUGUUGCCAUCAGUACUUUCUGCUUCACUCUCAACUAACAACAAUCAGAGCCUACAAGCUUUCUUGAAGAAUAUGAUUGUAGAAGUCAAAGAUCGCAAUGCAGUGGACGGAAGUAAUGAAGCUGAAAAUCCACUCACGCAUGACGAAACGGAAGUGCAAGACGAUGAAACGGAAGUGGAAGGUGUUCCACCUGGCAUGGGUGCCCUUGGAUGUUAUGCCAGUAGCACAGCAUUUCAUGUUUAUUUGAGCAGUUCAAGGUGUUACCAUACAGGCGCCAACAUCCAAUUCAACCAAGUGCUAGUGAACACAUAUAACAGGUAUAAUGUUCACACUGGGAUCUUCACUGUGCUAUACACAGGAUAUUACGUUUUCACGUGGACAGUUGCUGCGGAACACAAGUCAUGGUUCUCGGCGGAAUUGAGGGUCAACGGUGCCCUCAGAGGAACUGUAAUGGCUGAUUCGGAUGUUGGUGGACGGGCCUCCGGUAUUCAUCCUGCAACUGGUUUUGUUAUAACUCGGGUAACAUGUAACCAACAUGUGUACAUAAGGUUCGUCUCGGGAAGUGGAUGCACCUUAAAAAGCGACUCUAGAACGCGCGCGACAUUUUCAGGAUGGCGAAUGUAUUGAGCUAUGCAAAAAUUGGAAAUGGAAACCAGCGUCUAUCAAUCUACUUGAAAGACCCUGUAGAAACUAAUAAAGGAUACUGAAUGAGUGUAGGUUCAAUACUGAAUUUAUUAAACGACUACUAUAUUUCUGCUCUCCUUGACAGUCGAAUAUUAAUAUUUUUACUGUCCAUUAAAGCGUAAAUAAACGUCAUGUACCUUAUAUCAUACCAAUAUGAAGUGUGCCUUAAUAUAUCGUAGCUAAAACAUCUUCAUCUUAACAUUAAAUGUUUCAAAAUUUGCAUUAAAAGUUUAAGCAAAGGUUUUGAUAUUGAAAAUCAUUAAAUGUUCUAGAUAAACUAAAAAUUCCAAGCGAAUGAAAGUUAAACUUAGUCUUAAGGGUUUAUGAACAUGUUGAUAUCUAAAUCACCGACAAUGCACUCGAAAAUAUUAAUCAUAUCAUUGUUCUUUGUGAAUAAACUAUUAUAUUUUAA